GGAACGCGCCCCCUCCCCUCGGCGGCCGCAGCACCGGAUCGGGGCGCAUGCUCGCGGCUGGCGGGCGGAGGGCGGUCCCGAGAGAGUGGAAAGAUUUGGGAGAGAAAGUGCGCGGGAGCGAGCGUGGGACACGAGCGCGCAGGCGCGGCCGGGGGGCGGGUUGCGACUUCUGAAUAUCGGCGAAGCCCAGUCGGCGCCGCAUCCGCAUCCCGCCGCCAUGGCCGCCUACAAGCUAGUGCUGAUCCGGCACGGCGAGAGUGCCUGGAACCUGGAGAACCGCUUCAGCGGCUGGUACGACGCCGACCUGAGCCCAGCGGGCCACGAGGAGGCGAAGCGCGGCGGGCAGGCGCUGCGAGAUGCUGGCUAUGAGUUUGAUAUCUGCUUCACCUCAGUGCAGAAGAGAGCAAUCCGGACCCUCUGGACAGUGCUGGAUGCUAUUGACCAGAUGUGGCUGCCAGUAGUGAGGACUUGGCGCCUUAAUGAGCGGCACUAUGGGGGUCUAACUGGCCUCAAUAAGGCAGAAACUGCUGCCAAGCAUGGUGAGGCCCAAGUAAAGAUCUGGAGGCGCUCCUAUGAUGUCCCACCACCUCCGAUGGAGCCUGACCAUCCCUUCUACAGCAAUAUCAGUAAGGAUCGCAGGUAUGCAGACCUCACUGAAGAUCAGCUACCAUCCUGUGAGAGUCUGAAGGACACUAUUGCCAGAGCUCUGCCCUUUUGGAAUGAAGAAAUAGUUCCCCAGAUCAAGGAGGGGAAACGGGUACUGAUUGCAGCCCAUGGCAACAGCCUUCGGGGCAUUGUCAAACAUCUGGAGGGUCUCUCUGAGGAGGCUAUCAUGGAGCUGAACCUGCCAACUGGUAUUCCCAUUGUCUAUGAAUUAGACAAGAACUUGAAGCCCAUCAAGCCUAUGCAGUUCCUGGGGGAUGAAGAGACCGUGCGUAAAGCCAUGGAAGCUGUGGCUGCCCAGGGCAAGGCCAAGAAGUGAAGGCGAGGAGGCAGACUACUGUGGAGAACACCCUCCAAGGAACACCCUCCCUGCCCAUUCUAUUCCUCUGCCCCUUUCCCCUGCAUAUAUCACACUGACCACAUCUGUAGGGCCCCUAAUUUGUAGCUGCAGAUGGGGAGUUGGUGGCUCUCCUUUUCAUUUUAGCCAUUUUGUCUCCUGCACCCAUUCCUUUUAUAGAGUCUAUUCAGGAUAGCACCUCUGGGGCAUGGGUUCUCAGUCUAAGCCGAGGGGAGGCUCCUCUUAUCCAAGAGCAUUGAGGUAGUAACUUGUGUUUCUGCUACUGCUUUGUUUACUAAGAUGUGCCUGAGUAGGGGAUAGGGAGGAACUAUGGUAAGGCAUGACCAGUGAGGAGAAGCAAGGAGUCUAUUUGUGUUCCCGGGAGCCAGUCCUGUACUCUUCUGUAGUCAGGUCACUGUCUUGGGGGGCUCUAGUCAUUCCCAUGGAAGACAAAUAUAAUGUGCAUAGUGAUUUUUAAAAAAGUUGUUUCCUCCCUGACCCCAGAGGAGCUGGUUACAGAAGGUUAGCAUCAAUCCUAAAUUAAGUUUAUGUGUUGCAUUUACUUUUACACACGUGCUCGCUUCGGCAGCACAUAUACUUUUACACACAACAAAUAUAUAUAUAUAAAAAUAAAAAUAAUACAAAAUAAAAACCCUUCUGGGGUUUCUAGUGGCGGUUGAAAUAGUCCCACAUGUUGUCAUCAGAAGAUAAGCCAUUACACCAGUAUGGGAUAAGCUCUUCAACUUCUAAGGGGUAGGAGUGCAUCCUGCUAUGUGUUUUAGAAUCCCUUCCCUGCCUAGUUUGUGGCAGUGAAAUGCCUCUUGUUCAUGUCCAAGUGUGUCUUUCACUGUAUCUGAUUUCUGAAUCAUGUUCCAGUUGCUUGGUCCUGCCACAUGGGUCCAGUAUUCAUUUUGAGCAUAACUGUACUAAAACUUUUUUCCAGUGUAAUAAAGGAGUGAUGUGCAAUA